GGGCUCUACAGUUUAUUCUGCUUCAGGCUGCCUCGUACCGUCCCGAAGCCAUCUAGACCAAGCCACAUCAAGCCACCCUCUUCAGCUCCAGCCUCGUGAACGACAAACUAUCAUAAUGGCCUCAAGAAUAAACCCCACCUCUCCUCUCACGCAUAUUUUCAUCUAUACAAAGAAUUCCAUUGUCUCCAUUGUCUCCAUUCUCUCGCAAUUGCUGAAGUGAUCUUUCGGUGCAGAAGUGUCGUUUGCCAAACGUCCAUCCCUAGUCUUGGCACUCUAAUAAUCGCUACACUUGAAGGCGAUCUAUGAACGAUGGCAACCAAUGGCCCAGCAACUGCUCAUCCUUUGAACUCUUUCGUCCCAAUAUCUCUUUCAAAGCCUGUCCAGCGAGUCCCUGUUGCAAGAAAAGCGGUCCCAACUCGCAAACCUGUUGGGCAAGGACCAGCGUCGCCAGCAAGUCCAACACAGGCGACAGAGGCAGCUACUCAGCCUCAACAAGCUACAAAAAGUACCAAUGAGGUUAGCAAGCCAGCUCAAAGUCCAAGUUCACCCACUACAACAGACCCCAAUGUCAGAAGACUAGCAGGAUACUUUCCAUCCAGCCUUGCCGAACCCACUGGCCAGGAGCUGCCAGCAGGAUGGACAGCUGCGUACGAUCCAGAUGGAAGAAUUUUUUACAUGAACCACAUCACCAAGACUAGUUCAUGGAACAGACCCCAAAGUAAACCCACGCCACUACCUUCAGGUUGGGAAGAACGCACAACUCCAGACGGGAAAGUAUACUAUUUCCACUUCACCAGCCAGCUCACAACAUGGGAGCGACCAUCAGCCCCGGAGCCGAUACCCAUGUCCAAGAUGUUACCGAAAUCAGUUCAGCCUUUGGUAUUGGAACGCCAACUCUCCUCGGCCUCCACAAAUUCGACCUUCGUCCAAACCCCUAUCUCGCCUCUCUCCCCAGGUAUCGAGUGGGAGGCAUCGGACUACAACAGCCCGCGAUCAUCCCGUCGACGCAGCAACUUCUCCCUUUCAUCACUUGGCUCUGCAUCCUCGAAGACAAUGUCAAAGAUCAAACUCCCGACAUCUGCGUCCUCGAAUGCGAUGGUCAAAGGCACGGUGAAAGGGACGAAGAGUGUGGCUAAGGUGGGGAUGAAGGGAGUGAAAGUCACUGGGAAGGCGAUCAAGGAUAAUAGGAAGGUUAUUGGGUUGACACUGAAGGUGGCGAAUUUGGUGUUGAAGAAUACGACCGGGAUUGAUAUGGGUGGGUUAGAGGGGUUUUUAGAGGGUGGUGGAGAUGUGGGGGAGAUUGAGGUGGGUGAGGAUGUUGAGGAGGUUGAAGUUGAGGAUGAGGGUGAGGAAGUGGAGGAGGUUGAGGCCGAGGAUGAAGGCGGUGAAGUAGAGAAGGAGGGAGAGGAAGAAGAAGAAGAAGUCGUGGUUAACUAUAGUACUGUUGAGUGCGAGACGACGGAUGAUGUUUAUGUCGAUGGGCUCGUGGCCGAAGAUCCUGGAUGUCAGGACAUGCAAUCUACCGAAGUGACUACGGAGACUACACAGGCGACCAUAAUCACUGAAGAAACAACAACUUCCAUGGUCCAGAUGGAGACAGCAGACGUAGGAUGCGGCGGUGAGGAGAUCGUCACUCAGGAGACUACAACCGAACAAGUCAUCACAGUGGAGCAAACAACAUUCCAAGAAACGACUAUGGAAGAACAGUUGACAGUCGAGCAACAAGCAGCCUAUUCCGGAGCAUUCAGUGGAGAAAGUUUGUGGACUGAAGAUACAACCGUGCAAGAAACAACCAUUCAGGAAACAACAAUUGAGCAGACGACCAUCCAAGAAACAACAAUCGUGGCGACCGACACUUUAUGUGCUACUGGCGAAGAGACAACCACAACUUUUGUUACGACGGAGGUCGAUACUAUGGAAAUCACAGCUUUCACCGAAACCGAUACCGUGAUACAGCAAGAAAUGCCCGUUGAUCCCCCUCCUUGUGCUCCAGUCGAGCCAUCUUUCGUCGAACCUGUUGUUCCUGCAGUGCUGCCUCCUCCUCCUCCGGCUGAACCACCGUGCUUGCCUAUGGAACCUAUUGCUCCACCAGUGUUACCUCCUCCUCCACCAGAGGAGCCCAUGGAACCUUUUGUUUUCGCGCCCAUUCUGGCUGGCCCGAUGAUGGUUGAGCCUCCAGCGGAGUCAAAUGGGGUGAUUUUUGCACCAACUUAUGUGUGAGUCAUGAGUGAACGUAGGGAUGCUGUCUAGGUCCGUGUUAUGAAUAAUGAAAUGUGUUUAAUAUUGCAAGACAUCGCGAGCUUGAUAUCUGGCAGGAUGGAGUUGUAAAUUUGAUCUUGGGCGAAUUUGUCGUCAAUGGAGUCAUUUCUAGAGAAUGUAAUGUCACUGAAUAAUCUACCGGGGAUGAUAUCUGCUAAAUGUUAGAU